AUGAAUACUAUGAGGCCGUCCAUUCGACGUUUGUCUUCUUUAGCUCGUAAAAGACCCUUUCCUAUCCCUUCUCCCGGGCCCCCUUUACCGCCCGGCAUACUCGUUGACGAGGAGAUCUCGCCCCUAUACGAGUCCAAGCACUUCUACCCAGCAAAGCCUGGAGAGGUCCUCGCCGAUCGUUACCAAACUCUAGUCAAGGUCGGAUGGGGCGUGUCAUCAACUGUAUGGCUCGCGCGUGAUCUGCAAGGGCAUAUCGAAGAUCCAGAGAUUGUUGUGGCACUAAAAAUAGCCAAUAACAAUGCGAGCUCUGCUUUCCGUGAGCGCGAGGUUGAAGAGCACAUUUCCACCGCAAACCCAUCACAUCGCGGGCGCUCACUUAUCCGAACAUGGGUAGACUCUUUUGGCGUUCAAGGCCCAGAAGGCUCCCAUUCAUGUCUUGUCUAUCCACCCAUGAGGGAGCCCUUGUCAAUGUACCAGCAGCGUUUUGACGAUAGAAAGAUGCCACUGCCCCUUGUUAAAACACACAUCCGUGCUCUUCUCCUAGGCCUUGAGUAUCUUCACAAAGAAUGCAGGACAGUUCAUACGGAUCUCAAACUUGAGAACAUCAUGGUCUCAUUCGAGGAUCCAACCGUCCUGGCUGAUUUCAUGGAUUCUCAACUCAAGAGACCGAUGGCUUCCAAGAUCGACUCGACAGGUCGACCGGUUUAUCAGUCCCGUAAUGACUUCGGGCCACUCAAAAACCUAAGAAGCAUACCUCAGCUAGUCGACUUCGGGUUGGCAACCAUACUCGAGGAAGAUGACGACUGGGGCGUCUGGCCUAUUCAGCCAGACCACUAUCGGGCGCCAGAGGUGAUCAUGGGUAACGGAUGGCAGAUGGAAGCGGAUAUUUGGAAUCUGGGUGUUUUGCUGUGGGAUAUGAUUCAAGGCAAUGAGCUAUUUCAGCAUAUCCAUGACGAACAAGGUCACUACGAUGCUAAACUACAUAUGGCCGAAAUGAUAGCUUUACUCGGUCCUCCCCCUCCGGAAAUUAUGCAAAGGUAUCAAUCCAUGCGGGAGUACUCUUGGCCACAACCUGUGAGAAGAGAAGACAACCGAGUAUGCGAAACCGCGGAGGAAUAUUUCCGUGGGCCCUUUUUUGACAGCAAUGGUCGCUUUCUUUACGAAGAUCUUAUUCCCGACCGAAAGUUAGAGGACACAGUUUCUUUCCUAGUAGGAGAGGAGAGGGAGGCGUUUCUGGACCUCGCGAGGGGAAUGCUUACCUGGCAUCCAAAUUUCCGAAAAUCGGCAGGUGAACUGGCGCGCCACCCGUUUCUCCAGCCAAAGCAAGCAGGCACUUGAGCUCUGCGAGCAUGAGCAUUUUGACUAGAGGCACAAUGCGUGACAUGGUUGAUCGUACGUGGAUAGCGGUACAGCUGGCGCGGUGUAAGGAUU